AUCGAUACAGAACAGCAGAGCGCUGAGGAGCUGUGACGGUGCCAAAGAAAUGUCUCCCAAAGUGCCCGGCGGCCAAGGCAGAGGGGACUUCUGUGCGGUGCAGGUGGCGGUCCGAGUGCGUCCCCUCCUGCCCAAAGAGCUCCUGCACUGCCACGAGAGCUGCAUCACCGUGGACCCCGAGCUCCAUCGGGUCACUCUGGGCCACGACCGACACUUUCUGUGUGACUUUGUGUUUGAAGAAGCUUGCUGUCAGGAGGAGGUUUACUCUGUGUCUGUCCAGCCUCUGAUCGAUGCCUUUUUCCAGGGUUUCAAUGCUACUGUUUUUGCCUACGGGCAGACGGGCUCAGGCAAGACCUACACCAUUGGAGAAGCUAAUAUUUGUUCCUUCAGAGACGAGGAGCAGGGCAUCAUCCCCAGAGCUGUUGCAGACGUCUUCAAGCUACUAGAUGAAAAUGACCUUACAGACUUCUCUGUCCGGGUGUCCUACCUGGAGGUCUACAAGGAGGAAUUCAAGGACCUCCUGGAGGUGGAGACUGCCAGCAAAGACAUCCACAUCCGGGAGGAUAAAGGCAACAUCGUGUUGUGUGGUGUGAAGGAGUGUGAAGUGGAGGGCCUUGACGAGGUCUUGAGUUUACUGGAGUCGGGAAACACAGCCAGGCACACCGGGGCGACUCAGAUGAAUCCAAACUCCAGCCGGUCACACACCAUUUUUACCGUGUACAUGGACCAGCGUCGGGGAAGCUCUCGUCUUUAUGGGACUGCUACAAGCUCUGGACCACAGAUGUUGUCUUCCAAGUUUCACUUUGUGGACCUGGCAGGGUCAGAGCGCAUCUUAAGGACGGGGAACACUGGAGAAAGACUUAAGGAGAGUAUCCAGAUCAACAGUGGUCUUCUAGCUCUGGGAAAUGUUAUUGGGGCUCUGGGGGACCCCAAGAGGAAAGGCUCUCACAUACCAUACAGGGACUCUAAAAUCACAAGGAUACUUAAAGACUCUUUGGGAGGAAAUUCAAAAACGCUGAUGAUUGCCUGCAUCAGCCCGUCUUCCUCAGACUUCGAUGAGAGUCUGAAUACGCUAAACUAUGCCACGAGAGCCAGAAACAUUCAGAAUCGGGCCACGGUCAACUGCAAGCGCGAGCCGGAUCGCGUGGAAGGGCUUGAGCAGCAAAUCAAGGCCCUUCGCAGAGCCCUCGAAAACCGCCAGCGGUCAGAGACCCGCAUCAUCGCUCACGCCGAUCCAAACAGGAGGCCUCGACUCGGGGAGGGCGAGAUCAGCAGACUGCAGGCUCAGAGCGCUCACUACAGGACUUGCACAGACACUGCGUACAGGUUGCUCCGGGAGCUGCAGAGUGAAGGCGCUCUGACCGCAGAACAGAGUCUGAGGGUGAAGGAGUGGCUGUGCUCGGUGGAGGAGGAACGAAGUGGGCUGACCACUGCUUCAGGGCCGGACAGCGGCAUCGAGAACAGCUCCACUGAGGACAGUCUAGCGCUGAGGAGAGGGAGGCCUUCUGUAAGGAACCAGGAUGCAGAAACUGUGGAGGAGAGGUGGAGCCACGAACACGAGAGUGACAAAGAUGGAGAGAAAGAAGAUGGCAUUGCACAUCUUCAGUCACAGAUCCAGCGGUUGGAGAGGGAGAACACAGACUUUUUAGCAGCUCUGGAGGACGCUAUGGAGCAAUACAAGCAGCAGAGUGAUAAGCUGCAGGAGCAGCAGGACCUGAUAGCAGACCUACAGUGUCAGCUGUCUGCUUCAGGGCUGAUGGGCCUGGGCCUGAACCUGAGGUUGCGGCCGCACACCGCCCCCAUGGGCUCCAUGCAGCACAGUCAGAAUGGAGGCACAUACAGACAGGUCAGUCCAUUGGGCUGCCUCGGCAAUGGGCCUUGUGCUGAUCAGGAGGGGAAGCUUCAUGAGGAGCAGGAGGUCUCAGGAGGAGCAGAAAUGCAUUACAGAGAACGAGAGGGAAGUCAUUUCAGCGUCAGCCAAGAGAGAUGCAAGCAGGUGAACCUCACCUGGACCAAGCGGGAUAUGCUGUCAGGAGGACUGGCAGCUGGUGGCAGAGGGCCAACAUCUCAGCUCCCUGAACCAGACCAACACCCCUGUUUAGCCAGAAAAGCAUCCAACUCCAGUACAGGAGAGAGCCUGAAAAGUUUCGAGGGUGUUACAGAGUGGGGACUUCUUCAGGCACAGCAGAAGAUCAGGGAGCUGUCUGUCACCAUCCGCAUGAAAGAAGAACUCAUCAAGGAGCUGGUCAAAACUGGUAAGGAUGCUCAGGCCCUCAACAAGCAGUACAGCCAUAAGAUCACAGCUCUGGAGAGCGAAGCUGUGCAGGCGCGACAGGAGCUGCAGGAGGCCCAACGGCAGCUGCAGGAUCUGGAGAGACAAGAAAGAGAGAUCAGCGCAACAGACAAGACGAGAGCGCAGGAAUGUCGCAGGAAGAUAGCUGCUGCUCAGAGCAAAGUUCAGGUACUAAGUCAGCGGCAGAGGGAUACCGCUCGCCUCGCCAACCUCCCGGUCCAGAGUGAGCGUCGCGUGUUAGAGCUGGAACGAAGCGUCCAGUCGAUGAGACAGCAGCAGGAGCAGCUGCAAAAGCGUCUGCGUCAGGAAAGUCAGCAGAAACGACGUCUGGAGACCGAAAUGCAACGAAGAACUCACAGAGUCAAGGAGCUCGAGAUAAAGAACGAGCAGCAGCAGAAAAUCCUGAGAAUCAAAACGGAGGAGAUCGCAGCCUUCCAGAGGCAGAGACGCAGCGGCAGCAACGGCUCGGUCAUCUCAUUAGAGGAGCAGCAGAAGAUUGAGGAACAGAAGCGUUGGCUGGAUGAGGAAAUGGAGCGGGUACUAGAACAGAGGAGAGGACUGGAAGAUCUGGAAGGAGAGCUGACUAAACGAGAGGAAAUCCUCGCCAAGAAAGAGGCUUUGCUGCAGGAACGCAGUGGACUGGAGACCAAGCGGCUCCGCUCCAGUCAGGCCCUAAGUAAAGAUCUGGUGACGCUUACUGGGCGCAUCGAGACACUUGAGCGAGAGCUGAGUGAGAGGAACGGCCUCCUUCGCAGCAGCAGCGCUCAAGACUCGCAGCAGAUCCGCCAAGAGAUCAACAACCUACGUCAGGAGAAAGACUCACUGCUUAAACAGCGAGUUGAGCUGGAUGACAAGCUGCGGCAGGGCAACCUGCUCUCACCUGAGGAGGAGAGAACCCUUUUCCAGUUGGACGAAGCAAUCGAGGCUCUGGAUGCAGCUAUUGAGUACAAGAAUGAGGCCAUCACUCAAAGACAGAGACAGCUGAGGGCUUCUGCCAGCAUGCUGUCCCAGUGGGAGAUGAACCUCAUGGCCAAACUCAGCUACCUGUCUGCGUCGGAGACCAGAGCUCUGCUGUGCAAGUACUUCGACAAGGUGGUGUCUCUACGUGAGGAGGAGCGGAAGCUGCAGCUUGCCCUGGCUGAGCUGGAGAUGCAACUGGAUGAGCAGCAGAGGCUGGUGCAGUGGUUGGAAAAUGCCCUCGAUCGCACACAACUCGACACAGAUCGCCGCCUCACGCAACAGCAGAAGGAACAUGAGAGGAGCGUGCAGCUCUUGCUGCAGCAGUGUCGAGAACAAAUGGAUGAGGGCCUGGCAGGAAGGCAGCGGCAGUACGAGGGAUGGAUCCAUAACCUCAGCAUGGAGCUCAACCACUACAAGGCAGCUAAUCUUGAACUAAGCAACAAACUGAGGGAGUUCUGUGGUUCGGCCAGUCAGCCAAAAGAGCACCCUAAAGUCCUGCCAUCUGAAGGUAAACCCGCAAACGUUGGCAGCACGGAGAAGCUGAGCCGCUGCCCCGACGACGGAUCAGGAAGCCGAGGGGCGGGGCAGCCCGACAAACCUUCCAGGUCCAGAGAGGAAAUGCGGGAGCUGGUGAACACCCCUCUCCCGUCCACGUGGAGGCGCUCUUCUCUCCCCACGGAGGAACCUGCUGCUAUGGAGGAGCUGUGGCUUCAAGUGGCUCCCGACGGUCCCGUUAACCGCGUAGUUCAAACCGGGCUGGGGUCCUGGGGCGGGCCGACGCCCCUCCCCGUGGUUAAAUCUCGCCGAGAGUCCCGUCGCUCCAGCCUCAACGUCGGACCACUGACCUCAAAUAAUGCAUUGAUUGACGUACGGAAGAAUCCUGUCUGAAAAAAAACCCUGUAUUUUAUAACUCGACGCCGGUCACAUAGAUUUUUGUUCUGUGGUUUAUGAAAGAUUCGGUUGUUUCGUCAGACUUUAGUUUUUGUAUUUCAGUUUUUGUACUUUUUGUUUAUUACAUUUUUAUUUUUAAAUGGACACCCACUGAUUUUUAUACAAAGCACUUUUCACUAAAGUCUGUUUUCGUUGUAUACAGAGGGUCGGUAUACAGUCUGACCGCACAGAUUCUGUUGUGUUAUGACAAAAUGAGUUCCUCUCGCUCUCUAAUCAUGUAAUCGUCUGACCUUCCACGAUAUUUUGUAUUAAAAUGUUUUUGCCUUCGACA